AUGAACGGCUCGUCGGUCCGCCUGUGCACGGAACAACUGCCGCGGGCGUUGCGACGGAGGGCGUUGGCCCCGUCUGCGCCGCGCGGAGUACGAAGGGUCUAUGUGAGGGAGAGCCGGAGGAAUGUACAUGAGGGACCGGUGAGUGUCGCGCGACGGACGCUCCCAGCCGGAGGCACUCGGCCGAGCGAGUGCACCCAAAACCCCCGGUAUAUACGACAAUACGCAACGCAGGCGGCGCAGGUCGCGCCGACGGACGCCGCAGCACCCGGGCCCGUCCAGGGCGGUCCGCUGCGCGAGUAUGACGCGCGGGUGCAGCAGGGUCGACUACGGGAUGACCCCCACCAGAGAGAGAUCAUCGAGAAACUGCAGGAUUUGUAUGAACGGCUGAGCGCGUACCAGGCGCCGGCGGUGGUCCAUCCGAACCCGGAGAUGCUCGAGCCGAAGCCCAAGUCGUCGCUGUUCGGGUCACUGUUCGGCCGCGGCAAGAAGCAGGUAGAGCUGACGAUCCCCGAGACGCUGCCCAAGGGGCUGUAUAUGUUUGGCGAUGUGGGCUGCGGCAAGACGAUGCUGAUGGAUCUGUUCUACGAGACGCUGCCGGCGAACAUCACGUCCAAGACGCGCAUCCACUUUCACAAUUUCAUGCAGGAUGUACAUAAGCGCAUGCAUGUGGUCAAGAUGCGCUACGGGAGUGACUUUGAUGCGCUGCCGUUGGUGGCGGCCGACAUUGCCGAGAAGUCGAGCGUGCUGUGUUUUGACGAGUUCCAGUGCACGGAUGUGGCGGAUGCGAUGAUUCUGCGGAGACUCCUCGAAUCCCUCAUGUCCCACGGCGUGGUGUUGGUCACCACGUCCAACCGCCACCCCGACGAGCUCUACAAGAACGGCAUCCAGCGCGAACACUUCAUCCCAUGCAUCAACCUCCUCAAGACCGCCCUGGACGUCAUCAACCUCGACUCGCCCACCGACUACCGCAAAAUCCCCCGGCCCCCAGCCGCCGUCUACCACCACCCGCUCGACGCGGAGGCCGAGCGCCACGCCCAGAAGUGGUUCGAGUACCUGGGCGACCCGGUCAACGACCCGCCGCACCCGGCCACGCAGGAGGUGUGGGGGCGCAAGAUCGAGGUGCCGCUGGCGAGCGGCAAGGCGGCGCGGUUCACGUUCCAGCAGCUGAUCGGGUCGGCCACCGGCGCGGCCGACUACCUGGAGCUGGUGCGCAACUACGACGCGCUGAUCGUCACCGACGUGCCGGGGAUGACACUGCACCAGCGCGAUCUGGCGCGGCGGUUCAUUACGUUUAUCGAUGCGGUGUACGAGAGCAGAGCAAAACUGGUCCUCACGACGGCGGUCCCCCUCACCAACAUCUUCAUCUCCGAGUCCGAGGUGCGGUCGUCGCUGGACGAGAACGACGGCGGCGACCUGUCGGACGCGAUGCGCAUGAUGAUGGAUGACCUGGGGCUGUCGAUGAAGGCGCUCAAGUCGACGUCGAUCUUCAGCGGCGACGAGGAGCGGUUCGCGUUUGCGCGGGCGCUGUCCCGGCUGGUCGAGAUGGGCAGCAAGGAGUGGGUGGAGCGCGGGAUGGGCGUGGGCAUGAGCGCCGAGCAGAGGAAGAACGAGCACGAGGCGUGGAUGAAGACGCGGAGCCACUGGAUGGAGGAUAACAUGUAG